UUACUUUUAAAUUUCGUGCCAACAAAACGUGUUAGCAAACUCUCCCCAAAAUUUUUAAAUAAAUAUAAAUUAUGUUUUCAAAAGUGUCUCGUGAUGCUCUAUUUAAGGCAGUCGAAAACAUCCUGCAGGACUCUCAGGCCAAGGAACUUCACUGUCUUGAAACCGUUGAACUGCAAAUCGGACUCAACGAUUACGAUCCCGAAAAGUGGAAGACAUUUUAUGGAAGUACUUUACUACAACACCUCGCAGUUCCCCAAUUGAAGGUGUGUGUUCUUGGAGAUCUAAAGCAUUGUCGUGAAGCCAAGGCCAUUGGUAUUGAUUGCUGGGAUGUGGAGGCCCUUAAGAAACUCAACAAAGAUCAGAAAUUAGUGAGGAAAAUGGCCAAAUCAUAUGACUUCUUUUUGGCUUCCGAGUCGAUAAUUAAACUGAUCCCAAAGCAACUGGCUUCUGUUCUUAUCAAAGCCGGCAAGUUUCUAACUCGUUUGACUCACAAGGAAUCGAUGAUGAGCAAAAUCAAGAUACUAUCUACCAAGAAGAUACUGAUGAGGAAGAUGGCCUGUCUCUCCGUUAACGUUGGCCAUGCUGGCAUGAAGGCUGAGAAACUGACCCACAACAUAAUCAUAUCAAUUAAUUUUCUCGUUCCUUUGCUGAAGGAGCACUGGCAGAAUGUGCGCUCACUUCAUAUAAAAUCAUCAAUGGGACUUUCUCAUCGACUGUAUUAGAUGUUGUUGUACAUGUUUUCAUGAAAUUUCAUAAUUUGUAAGCAACCCAAAAUAUAUAAAGCCUCUGUGGUGUAUAGAACCUUUUAA